CUGUCAUAUUUAAUCCACUCUCGCCAUCAUCCGUCUCCUUCGAGCCAUACGCACGGCCAUGGCGCCCUCUCACCCAAAACUCGUUUGGCCGCGGUCAGACGGUCGCGAGGACCGCUGGCCCCACUCCACCCAGCCCCAGAACUCGGGCUGGUUCGAGAAGCUGAGCCCUGAGGACUCCAAGUACACGCUGUACGGCGAGAAGGUCGGCAAGCACAUUGCGGAGAACGUGCUGGGGCUACAGGGCCUUCACAAGCCCAGGAUCGACAUGCCCCCAGGAUACGCGCUGUUCCGGCACAAGAAACCGCAGCCGGACAAGAGCAUCCGCGAGGACGUCUACCUCUACGGCUCGCCUGUGUCCAAGUUCCGCUCGCCCAACGAGUUCAUCGAGCAUGCCGUCUGGCUCUUCGAUACCAGCAAGAGCCUCAAGGACCACAGCACUUGUGAGUGCAAGUACAACUCCAAGUCGGCGAUCGCGCAGGAGAAGAAGGCAUCGACGCCCGCGAAGCGCGCGAACGAUGGUUCGACGCCCGGCUCCAAGAAGAGCCGCGUCGAGGAAGACGAGGUGCACGACGCUGUCGUCGUUCCCGAGCGGACUAUUGACCAGCUCACUAAAAGACGAUAUCGCAAGGGCGAACUCGUCUUCUUCCGCAUUCACACUAUCUCACCCCCCAAGGGCAGUGACCUGCCCGAAGUCACCCACUGGCCAGGGCUCAUUGCGACGAUUACACAGGCGUCCAAGGUUGACGAGAACGGCAAGCCCGUGACCACGUUCAAGCACAGCAUUCGCCCGCUCGGCAUGUUCUCCAACGCCAACAUGAACGAGGUUGUCAAGUACACAUCAGAGUUGCUGCCCUUCUCCACCAGCGUGCAAUUGCUGGGCGGGGCGCAGGGAUGGACGAAGAUCGGGCGUGAGAGUUCUCGAGUUCUCCGUGAGGGCAUCGAGCGCGAAGCUCAGAUCGACAUUCCUUCCCACCAAACUGAGAUCGAGGGCACCAAGCUCGAGGAGCGGUGGAAGCGGCGAUGGGGCGAGCGCAUCAAGUUCUCCGACAUGCCCAACAGCUGGGACCGCGCAGUGCUACGUCUUGGUGUUGCCCUUAGAAUGGCUCGGAAUAUUGCCUCCUGCUGGGCCCACACGGACAUGUUUGAGACGCUGCCUCGCGGCACUGCACUCACACAGGCCGAGCUGAACGACAUCCAGAACCGCAAGAAGAACCUAUACCAGGGCGCUUGGUACCAGGGCGAGCGGCUGUGGAUGGAUGACGUCGUGCGCCUUCGCAAGAACCGCAAAGAUCUGCCCGUCGACGUGCUCCUCCCUCCAAGUCCGGGCGCCGAGGACCGCGGCGUCUUUCUCCGCAUAAGAAUUAUCGCGCUAGAGAGCCAGACGGCAGCAGACGCAAGUACAACUGUGUGGCGCUGCGUGAUCUAUGGUGACAUCUACGAGCUAGCGAACGCUUAUGCCCCGGGUGCGCCACCAAACUGGCCAGCCCCAAAGGGGUUGCACUACCGCCGUUUGAACAAGGACGGGUUUGAGGUCUCAGUUGACCUCUUUGACGUCGCCGGACGAGCCUACCCCGACCUCAUGGAGAAGAACUCGGCGUGGUUCUACGACCCCAACGUGCCAGAGAGUGAGCGAAACGGGCGAGUGCCGGCCAGCGACGGCAUCCUGGAGAUCAUUGGGUUGCGACCGGCCUCGCGCCCUUGCGAGUGCUCCGUGUGGAAGGGGGACCUUUACGUCAUGGUCCGUGAGGCGACAGCAGAUGUCGAGCGCUCAACCCGCGAGCACUACGGCAAGCUCCUGGCGAAAGCGCUCAAGUAUCCGUCCACGCCUGUUAAUCCGCCAAAUGGGGCUCUCUCUAACGGUUCGUCAUCACACGGCUCGAGCAAGACACCCGUAUUCCAGUGCAACGUCGUCGACGUCACGAUCACCCCUUCCCUCGGCAACAGGCUGCAGUCUCCAACAAUUUCGGCUGGGCCAAACCUCAGGCCUGCACUGGACAUUGCUGCCUCUCACCUGAAAGCCGGGCGGACCGUCGCGUUCCCAACUGAGACGGUGUAUGGGCUUGGCGCGCACUCCCUCGACCCGAGUGCAACAGCCAAGAUCUACGCGAUCAAGAAUCGCCCCUCCGACAAUCCAUUGAUCAUGCACGUGUCCUCGCUGGACAUGCUCCAGCGCCUCCUCCCACCAUCUUAUCAGCUCAGCGAGCUGUACCACGCCCUCAUCGCAGCCUACUGGCCCGGACCACUCACUCUCCUCUUCCCCUCCGCCACGCCCCCACCUCCACCCGCACCACAAACGAACGCGAUCCGCAUGCCGAACCAUCCCCUUGCGCUGGCGCUCAUCGCCGCAGCCGACCUCCCCGUAUCGGCGCCGAGCGCCAACUCCUCCGGCCGCCCAUCGCCCACGCGCGCCCAGCACGUCGUGCACGACCUCGACGGGCGCGAGGGCCUCGGCUGCAUCCUCGACGGCGGCCCCUGCGGCGUCGGUGUGGAGAGCACGGUCGUAGACGGUUUGGGGUGGCAGAAGGGCGGGGGCGGCGUCGUCAACGUCCUCCGCCCCGGCGGCCUCGGCGUCGAGGACAUUGCGCGCGUGGUCGCGCAAGUCGACGGCCGGCCGGACGCUACCGCCAUCCAGCUCCAAGGCCGGCCGUGGGUCAAGGGGCAGGCGGGCGGGGGCGUGCCGAAGCCCACAGACGACAGCUUGCCCCCCUCCACGCCCGGCAUGAAGUACCGGCACUACUCGCCGACCGUGCCCGUGCAGCUGCUGCUGCCGUCCAACGUGUUCCCGCGGCCGCCGGUCGUAGGUGCCACGACGGACGCGGCGGGCGUCGUGCGCGCGCUCGUGGGUGACAAGCGCGUCGGGCUGCUGCAUUACGAGGGCAGCCCGUUGACGAAGGCUCUCGAGGGUGUUCCGCUCGAGCGCCGCAGUCUCGGGCUGGACGCCACCAGCGCCGCACAGCACCUCUUUGAUGCCUUACUUGACCUCGAGAGCGCCGGCGUCGAUGCCAUCCUCGUCGAGGGAUGCAGUGACGACGGGCUCGGGCUCGCCGUCAUGGAGCGUGUGGGCAAGGCUGUGGGCGGGGGCGGCGUCACGGGCGGGCUGGAUAACGGGCAAGUGAGCACGCCUGGGUCCGAGGGGCGGUUCUGGGUCCAAGUGUAGUGUAUCGUAGAGCGUCAGUACAGUUGCUGUUGAGAUAUCCUAGGCAUUCCGAGUUGGCAUGCAGUGC